UAAAUGAUAAAAAAUUUUAUUUGAAAUAUCUUAAAAUUCUUGGUUAUGUGGCUAUCAACAUCUGGUCCUGUUUUAUGGAAUUUUAUCCUAAAGCUAAAAAGAGUAGCCUAGCAUAUUACUUAAAGGAGUAUAAACUUAACAAUAAAGUAGAUUUGCCUAUUCACUGUAUGAACAAAUAUUAUGAAAAGUUAUUAAAAGAAACAAAUACUACAACAGUCAAGCAAAUGCAUAAAAUAGCCAAAUAUUAUAUCAUUGAUACUCUUAGUUGCCAGCAGUUAAUGGUAAAGCAUAAUGCAAUUAAUGAGUAUAGAGAGAUAGUAUUCAUAGCUUUUUUAUCAUUAUUUGAUGCACAUUAUUUUGCAGGAAAAACUGGAAAAUAUUCUGGAGCUUAUGUUUUCCUACCAGUAAAAGGUCUCAAAAAUAGAUGUCUUGUAAUUGGCUUAGAUUUCGCAUCAUUAUAUUUGAGUCUUAUCAUAACAUACAACCUCUCACCUGACAAAAUCAUUUUAUUUCAAGAGCAUGCUGUAUCUGUAGAACAAAGCAACAAAAAGCUUCAUAAGAUAGAGUUUCUAUUUAAUGACAAUCCCCAACAUGCCUGGUCAGUUCAGCAUAAUAAUAUUUCUAAAGAAAAGGGAUUCUAUACUAGCGUAUUAGAAUAUUUAUCAG